AUGACCAAAAGUAACAUCUUUGCACUAAAUUAUCUUAAUAUAUUCAUAUCUAUCUAUCUAUCUAUCUAUCUAUCUAUCUAUCUAUCUAUCUAUGUCAGUCUGUACAUUAUCUAUGUACCUAUCUAUCUGUAUGUCUGUCUGUCUGUCUAUCUAUCUAUCUAUCUAUCUAUCUAUCUAUCUAUCUAUCUAUCUAUCUAUCUAUCUGUCUGUGCCAUUCUGUUCAUUAUCUAUCUAUCUAUCUAUCUAUCUAUCUAUCUAUCUGUAUGUCUGUCUAUCUAUCUAUCUGGUUUGUUCAUUAUCUGUCUAUCUAUCAUACUCUGUACAUAUCUAUCUAUGUCAAUUUGUGCAUUAUCUAUCUAUCUAUCUAUCUAUCUAUCUAUCUAUCUAUCUAUCUAUCUAUCUCAGUCGGUACAUUAUCUAUCUAUCUUUCUAUCUAUGUCAGUCUGUACAUUAUCUAUCUAUCUAUCUAUCUAUCUAUCUAUCUAUCUGUAUGUCUGUCUAUCUAUGUCAGUCUGUAAUAUCUAUCUAUCUAUCUAUCUAUCUAUUAUAUACCGUAAAAAUGGCUAUUUGCCACAUCCACAUCUACUUUACUCUGUACAUUGUACUCUACUUAAGUCGUCAUUUUCUGGACACCAUUUUUUCACCCAGGACCCCAGCCGUACGGGAGGUGCAGGUGGUGACAUUACAGUCCUUAAUCUAAUAUUGAAAUUUCAACCACUAUCUAUCUAUCUAUCUAUCUAUCUAUCUAUCUAUCUAUCUAUCUAUCUAGUCUCUUCAUAUCUAUCUCAUUCUGUUUUUAUCUAUCUAUCUAUCUAUCUAUCAUUCUUUUCUUAUCUAUCUAUCUAUCUGUCUUUUCAUAUCUAUCUAUCUAUCUAUCUAUCUAUCUAUCUAUCUAUCUAUCUCAGUCUUUUCAUAUCUGUCUAUCUAUCUAUCUAUCUCUUCAUAUCUAUCUCAUUCUCUUCUUAUCUAUCUAUCUAUCUAUCUAUCUAUCUAUCUAUCUAUCUAUCUAUCUCUUUGCAUAUAUAUCUGACCACUCAAGCGCGUGUUCAACAAGCCGUGGCCGGGGACCCGAUGACCGUCAAAUGUCUUAUCGUGUCACGCUGGAAUGGUAAUUCAGGCCAAGUGGAAAGCGACUGCUUCUGCACUCAAAGCCAAACCGUUCUUUAG